GCGGGCGGAUACGCGGCUCGGACGGACACGCGGCUUUCCGGGCUCUCUCGGUUUUCCUGCUCCGGGCCUCCGACUUUCAGCUCCGCCAUGGCUCCCAAAGGCGGCUCCAAGCAGCAGUCCGAGGAGGACCUGCUCCUUCAGGAUUUCAGCCGCAACCUGUCGGCCAAGUCGUCGGCGCUGUUCUUCGGGAACGCGUUCAUCGUGUCUGCCAUCCCCAUCUGGUUGUACUGGCGCAUAUGGCAUAUGGAUCUCAUCCAGUCUGCUGUUCUCUACAGUGUGAUGACGUUAGUGAGCACUUACUUGGUAGCCUUUGCAUACAAGAAUGUAAAAUUUGUCCUCAAGCACAAAGUAGCACAGAAAAGGGAGGAUGCUGUUUCCAAAGAAGUGACCCGAAAACUUUCUGAAGCUGAUAAUAGAAAGAUGUCUCGGAAGGAGAAAGAUGAAAGAAUCUUGUGGAAGAAGAAUGAAGUUGCCGAUUAUGAAGCCACAACAUUUUCCAUCUUCUAUAACAACACUCUGUUCCUGGUUUUGGUCAUUGUUGCUUCCUUCUUUAUACUGAAGAACUUCAACCCCACGGUGAACUACAUUUUGUCCAUAAGUGCUUCCUCUGGACUCAUCGCCCUGCUCUCUACUGGCUCCAAGUAGACUGUGUAGCUUGGCCCCCUGCCUUUGUAUCUAUGUGUGGCCUGUGCUAUAUGGAAAAGUAUCAGGGUGGCCAGGUUGGGAGACACACAAGAUGUUUUUAUAGUCUGGAGUUGGAGGGUUUAAAAAUGCAAUAGAGUGUAAUUUAGUGUUUGUUUAUUGGCUCUUUUGACAGAUUGUUGAAAUUAAAUUGAAUUGAAAGGGAAACUCAGAGUACUAGGACAUUUAUUAAAAGGCAAGAAGUCUUGCAAUGUUCUCUAAUCACAAGAGGAGAAAAUAACUUGUUUCCUACAUCUGUCAGAGGUCAUGGUAACCUGGACUGAGCUGUUAUUAUUUAUAAUAGGAGGAAGAAGUUAAUAACUGGUUCUCUGUGUUCCAAGUACAAUAUUACAACUUUUGACUGUAAAUCUCAGUGAUUCCUCUUCCCAAGGGAUUAAACAGAAGUCUCUGACUUUGUAAUUUAUAAUAACUCAAAAACAUGGCCUCUUCACUUUGAGGGAGAGAAACUUGCAACUUUUUUUUUUUUUUUUUU